AUGGAUGAGGCUGCGAGCCAGCUGGAGAGAGAGCAUGUUCACAGUGUGUACGAGAGGAUUGCGCCCUUCUUUAACGACAGUCGCUAUAAGGCUUGGCCAAGAGUCAGACAGUUCCUGCUGGAGCAAGAUCCAGGCAGCAUCGUGGCUGAUGUGGGAUGCGGCAAUGGUAAAUACCUGCACAUCAAUAAAAGCAUCUUCAAGCUGGGCUGUGACGUGUGCCACCCACUGGUGGACUCAGCCUGGAGUCGGGGUCAUGAGGUACAGCUGUGCAACGGCUUGCGGUUACCCUACAGAGACGGCUGCUUUGAUGCCAUGCUCUCCAUCGCAGUUAUCCAUCACAUGUCUACCAAAGAACGUCGCAUCCGGGCACUUAAAGAAAUGGCGCGCACUCUGCGGGUCGGAGGCCGGGUCAUGAUCUAUGUGUGGGCUAUGGAACAAAAGAGACGCAAGUUUGAGAAGCAGGAUGUCUUCGUGCCCUGGAACGCGAACCCUCCUUCGUCCUCUGGAAGAACCAGGCAAUGGGGCAGUGGAAGUCAUAGUGUUAGUGAUGCGCCCGAAUCCUUGGACAAGCACAGAAACACAAAAAGCACAUCCUCAGUGGUGGAUGACCAGGAUCUAGUCAGUCCGGGACAGCAGAGGAAGCAGAAGCUUUGGUUUUUUUCUCGCUCUCUGGAUUCUGUGCUGGAUCUGAGCAGCCUGACCGUCUCUCGCUCUUCCUCCAGCGCGUUCUGCAGCCCGUCUGAUGAAACUGAAGUACGAAAUCAAGCUCUAAGCACAAGAGGUCGAGGUCUGAUUAGACAAGUGUCCAGUUUUUUCUCCUUGUCCUCCAGGACCAGCUUAGACGAGGACGUCUUUGUUCCAGACCUGCACGACCAAGGCCAUAAACCAGGUCAUUCCAGUAACGUCAAUGAGACGGUCUCUGUGUCGCUAGUGCAGGACUGUUCAUCAGUGGCGUUACCUGAUUUGGUGUCUCGCCAAAGUAAUGAUGGAAAUGUCGGGGAGGAGGACAGAGGAGAGACAGAACAGGAAAAUACCGUGUCUGUUCAAGAGCAGGACGGGUGUAGUGAAGAGAAGUCGAACGAGUCGUGUCUGCGCUACUAUCACGUCUUCAGGGAAGGUGAGUUGACACAACUGAUCAAGGAACAUGUGGAAGAACUUCACGUUCUGCACACCUGCUUAGAUCAUUCCAACUGGUGCGUAGUGGCCGAGAAGGUCCAUGUUUGGAGAGUGUGA